AUGAGCGCGGUUUUGAGAGUUGGCCGCAGGCUCGGAGGUGUAGACAAACAGGAACUUGUGAGCCCGCAGAAGUUGACCACGCUCACAACAACAUGGUCGAGCUUAGCAGCUGGUAGCCGUAGGAUCCCUGGGCCCUUGGCCGUCAAGAGGUGUUUCUCCCAUGCCAUCUAUAUUUUAGAACGUGAUGGCUGCUCCCUCGACCGUGCCGGCCCCCUGGGCCAAACAGCCGACGUCCUGAGCCCAAGAUUUCAGCUUCUGCCGGCCGCCGAAACACCAUCCUUGAAGCUGUUACUGACAAAUGACAACCCCUUGAUUGCGAGCCAAAUGAAUUUCCGCUACCCAGCAUUCUCAGCUUUCAACACAGUUGACCAUCUUUCUGGCCUGUUUCAGUUGGAUGGUGCCGUGACUGCGACCUGGGCCUCGUCAUUGUCGCCAACAAACCACCCUCAGCAGGCCGGUUGCCCACUCACGGGAGAGGAGAAAUACCUUCCCAACGGCGCCCCAGUAGUUGGCGAGGCCGCCUCACGGAUCCCAGGGACUCGCGUUCGAUUCCAGUCUCAGGGCUACUCUCUGCGUGGGCCUGAGAACUUCGCUGGGGCUCACACAACGCUGGUGAGGCCGGGUCCGGAGCCCCGCGAGGCCGGCACUCGCCAGGAACGUUGCAGCAUGUGGCGUCUUCCUACUCCCCUCCCAAUCCCUCGGCAGACGCUCGGACGGAAGCGAACGUUCCGGGAAAGCUCCCAGGGCGUCCCCCCUGUCUCUGGACGUGAAUCGGCUCAGCCUCCGCUUCACCGCCAGCUCCCCCUUCACCACCAACACACCCCUUCACCGCCAGCUCCCCCUUCACCGACAACUCACCCCUUCACCGACAGCUCCCCCUUCACCGACAACUCACCCCUUCACCGCCAGCUCCCCCUUCACCGACAACUCCCCCCUUCACCGCCAACUCCCCCUUCACCGCCAACUCCCCCCUUCACCAACAACUCCCCCCUUCACCGCCAACUCCCCCUUCACCGACAACUCCCCCCUUCACCGCCAACUCCCCCUUCACCGACAACUCCCCCCUUCACCGCCAACUCCCCCUUCACCGCCAACUCCCCCCUUCACCGACAACUCCCCCCUUCACCGCCAACUCCCCCUUCACCGACAACUCCCCCCUUCACCGCCAGCUCCCCCUUCACCACCAACUCACCCCUUCACCGCCAACUCCCCCCUUCACCGACAACUCCCCCCUUCACCGCCAAAUCCCCCCUUCACCAACAACUCCCCCCUUCACCGCCAACUCCCCCUUCACCGACAACUCCCCCCUUCACCGCCAACUCCCCCUUCACCGUCAACUCCCCCCUUCACCGCCAACUCCCCCUUCACCGCCAACUCCCCCCUUCACCGACAACUCCCCCCUUCAUCGCCAACUCCCCCUUCACCGCCAACUCACCCCUACACCGCCAGCUCCCCCUUCAGCACCAAAUCACCCCUUCACCGCCAACUCCCCCCUUCACCGACAACACCCCCCUUCACCGCCAACUCCCCCUUCACCACCAACUCACCCCUUCACCGUCAACUCCCCUCUUCACCGCCAACUCCCCCCUUCACCGCCAGCUCCCCUUUCACCACCAACUCCCCCCUUCACCGCCAUCUCCCCUUUCACCGCCAACUCCCCUUUCACCACCAACUCCCCCCUUCACCGCCAUCUCCCCUUUCACCGCCAACUCCCCUUUCACCGCCAACUCCCCUUUCACCGCCAUCUCCCCUUUCACCGCCAACUCCCCUUUCACCACCAACUCCCCCCUUCACCGCCAGCUCCCCCUUCACCGCCAGCUCCCCCUUCACCGCCAGCUCCCCCCUUCACCACCAACUCCCCCCUUCACCGACAACUCCCCCCUUCACCGACAACUCCCCCCUUCAUCGCCUACUCCUCCUUCACCACCAACUCACCCCUUCACCGCCAACUCCCCUCUUCACCGCCAACUCCCCCCUUCAAGGCCAGCUCCCCCUUCACCGCCAGCUCCCCCUUCACCGCCAACUCCCCUUUCACCACCAACUCCCCCCUUCACCGCCAGCUCCCCCUUCACCGCCAGCUCCCCCUUCACCACCAACUCCCCCCUUCACCACCAACUCACCCCUUCACCGCCAGCUCCCCCUUCACCGCCAACUCCCCUCUUCACCGCCAACUCCCCCCUUCACCGCCAGCUCCCCCUUCACCGCCAGCUCCCCCUUCACCGCCAUCUCCCCUUUCACCGCCAACUCCCCCCUUCACCGCCAACUCCCCCUUCACCGCCAACUCCCUCCUUCACCGCCAUCUCCCCUUUCACCGCCAACUCCCCUUUCACCGCCAACUCCCCCCUUCACCGCCAACUCCCCCUUCACCGCCAACUCCCCCCUUCACCACCAACUCCCCACUUCACCACCAGCUCCCCCUUCACCGCCAGCUCCCCCUUCACCGCCAACUCCCUCCUUCACCGCCAACUCCUUCACCGCCAACUCCCCCCUUCACUGCUUUGA